AUGCAUCCUGCGAGAUAUAGGGCCCGCCUCUUCCUCGACGUCUGCCGCGUCUUCAUCCUACCCUCUACGGUCCUCUCAUGCAUCCUGCGCAUCGUCCGGGUCGACCUGGGGCUCUUCGCGUUCCCCAUCUACCCCGCUUUCAUCGUCGCCUGGGCCAUUGUCAAAGGCAUAACGACCAACGUUGCUCAAGCCAGGGAAGCCGCGCAAUUCGGCGCAAAGCCAAUUCCACGCGUGCAGGGAAAGUGGCCGGGGAAUAUCGACGUGUUGCUAAGGAUGAUGGCGGCGUUCAAGACAAGCUACGUCUGCGACGUCUACCUCCAGCUGUUUGAGGAAUAUCAGUCGACGACGCUGAAUACGAGAAUAUUGUGGUGCGAUACCAUAAUCACGAUGGAUCAAGAGCAUUCGAAAUUCGUGCUCUCGACUGGAUUCCAACGAUUCUGGCGAGGCACCGCUCAGAAGGAACGAAUGGAGAUGUUCCUUGGAGAAGGGAUUUUCAAUCGAGAUGAUGAUCACCGUUCUACCGCCCGCCCGUUCUUCGCUAGAGAUCGCAUUUCCGAUUUCGAGAUCUUCGAGCGCUGCGCUACCCAGACGCUCGCCAUCAUCAACAACCUCUCCGCCUCGUCGCAGCCGUGCGAAGUGCAAGAUCUGUUCUCCCGUUUCACCCUCGACGCCGCCUCUGAAUUCCUCUUCGGGCACAACCUCGGCACGCUCUCAGGCGCGCUCCCGAUCGCCGGCAAAACCGCGAUGGGGCCGAAAGGGUCGGCAACGCAUGACUCGUGGGGCUCGUUCGCGCAGGCGUUCGAGAUGGCGCAGCAGAUCGUGACUACGCGGGCGCGGCUGGGGUAUUUCUGGCCGCUGUUUGAGCUGUUCCGGGAUAAGACGAGUCCUCAUACGGCGGCGAUUCGGAGGUGGCUGGAUCCGCUGGUGAGAGAAGCGUUGGAGCAGAAGAAGGCGCGGUCGCCUGACGGAGGGCCGUCGCCGUUGGGGGAGAAGAACUUUAUGCAGCAUCUGGCUGACAGCACGGAGGAUCCUGUGCUGAUCAGGGAUCAGCUGCUGAGUAUGUUGCUGGCGUCGAGGGAUACGACGGCCUGUCUUCUGACGUUCGUGGUGUAUUUCAUGGCGCUGCAUCCCGAGGUCGCGCAGAAGCUGAGGGCGGAGGUUUUGGAGCACUGCGGGGUGGAUGGCACGCCGACGGUGGAUAGGAUCAGGAAUCUGAAGUAUAUGCGGGCGGUCAUCAACGAGACGCUGCGUCUGUUCCCGCCAGUGCCGCUGAAUGUGAGGGAGACGCGGGGGGCGGCGUGUGCGCUGCCCCCGCCCGACGCUACGUAUGCGAAUGACGGGGCGCCGUUGUAUAUGCCGAGCCGGACGUUGAUCAUGUACUUUCCCAUCCUGACGCAGCGGAGCAAGGCGCUGUGGGGCGCGGAUGCCGACGAGUUCGACCCGGAGCGGUGGGUCGACGGCGAGCGACUGGAGCGGUUCCUUGCGAACCCGUCGAUGUGGGCGCCGUUCAGUGCGGGGCCGAGGAUAUGCAUCGGCCAGGAGUACGCGUACAACGAGGCGUCGUACAUCCUCGUGCGGGUGCUGCAGCAGUUCGACAGGUUCACGCUGGCGCUGGAUGCGCAGCCGGCGGGGUCGCUGCCGCCGGGGGAGUGGAAGAGCCGGACGGGCCGCCAGGCGGUGGAGCAGGUGUGGCCGGGGUCGGCGAUGACGCUGUAUAUUAAGGGUGGGUUGUGGGUGCAUUUUGGGAAGAGCGAUAGGUGA